AUGUCCAUCCCUCGCGCAAUCCGCAAGGUCUUCCUGGCCGUCGAGCAGGCCGAAGGCGCCGGCGCUCGAGUUCGUCGAUCGAUCGGCACCCCGCAGCUACGCAACUUUUCACCCUUCCUUAUGCUCGAUCACUUCAGCAUUAAGCCCGGGUCCGGGUUCCCAGAUCACCCGCACCGAGGCCAAGAGACGAUCACGUACCUGCUUAACGGAGCCGUCGACCACGAGGACUUCGCAGGGAACGCGGGCACGAUCGAGGCUGGAGACUUGCAGUUCAUGACGGCGGGGCGCGGCAUUAUGCACGCGGAAAUGCCACGACAGAACCCCGACGGUAGCGCCAACGUCGGCCUUCAAUUAUGGGUCGACCUACCCGCCAACCUCAAGGCAUGCGAGCCGCGGUACCGCGACCUGCGCGCCUCCGAGAUCCCGAGCGCGGAUAUCGACGGCGGGAAGGUCCACGUCAAAGUCAUCUCCGGUCAGUCUGGAGGUGUCGAUAGUGUUAAGGAUUUAGCAUACACGCCCGUCUGGAUCCUCGAUGUGAAUAUUAAGCCCGGCGGGAAAUUAGCGCAGCCGAUCCCGAAGGGCUGGAAUGCGUUCUCGUACCAGCUCGAGGGGACGGCAGUGUUCGGCGAGGGCAAUGAGAAGAGGACGGUCGAGCAGUACCACAACUGCGUGUUUGACCCCGAAGGCGACGUAGUGAUCGUCGAAGUACCCGAAAAUGCAAAGGAGAGCGCGCGCUUCGUGUUAGUCGCUGGCCAGAUCCUCGAUCAGAAAGUGGUGCAGUACGGUCCGUUCGUGCUGAACUCUCCCGAAGAAGUCCGGAAGGCGUUGAUAGACUACCAGUUCCACAUGAACGGCUUCGAAAGGGCCAAGGACUGGCAAAGCGAGAUUGGCAAGUCUAUGGUUGGUUGA